CCUACAGAGAAAAGAGACUAGUCUAGAGCUUCUUCUUAAUUUCUACACUUUAAUGGCUGCUGCUUCAAAAAUCCACCUCUUCAAGAAACUGGCAAUAGCAGCUGGAAGUCCUAACAAUUACUAUCUGAAUCCAUCUGAGAAUCUAUGGAAGAUGGCAUCUAAGUGGAGUGCUGUUGAACAUGAAGAUGUUAUUAAUUUGACAUUUCAUAUGCGUGCAUUUGGGGAUCCAAUAUAUCUUUCGGUAAAACAAUCAAAGUUUAUUAAUAUCAAUGUAGGAAUAGAUGCAUACAAGAUGCCUGAUGGUUAUGCUGAUAAGAACGGGAUGAGGAAUUUCAGUAUUGAAUUGAAUGCUAACUUCCUUAAGUUAGGAACUAAGGGUGAUUAUACCAAAGGCCCAGAGAGUAUUGCAAGGAUGUAUAUCUCUAAACUCAAUGCUGAAGAAAUCAAGAAUAAUGCUCGAAGGAUGCAUGUUUCUAAACUCACACCUGAAGAAAUCAAGAAUACUACUACUACAAGGAUGAAUGUUUCUAAACCCAAAGCUCAAGGAAAUAAGAAGUUCUAUGUUGAAACGUUCAAUAUUCUUUAACUCAAACCUGAAGAAAUGGAGAAGAACAGGUGUUGUCUGAAUUUUUAUUUAGUAGUACUGGUAAGGUGGCGGUCUAGUCCUUGGUUUUUAAGUUACUUUGCUGCUGCUGUCUUUUGAAAUUUCUUUCUAGUUUUUCUUUUUCGUCUAGUUUGUCUUUUGCACUUUCAGUGUGUAGGAAAUGUCUUUUCGUCUAGUUUGUUUAAAGAUUGAUAUUCGAUAUGG